AUUUUACUCUGUUUGAAAGACAUUUUUCCUUUUCGUUACGUAAGUAAAAUAGUAAGAUAGUUUAUAUGAAGUGAGUGGCUAGAAAGAAUUGGCAAAUCUUAAGUUAUGCCUAUAUAAUUAUUUGUUUAAGAAAAUCAAACUUCAAGCAUGAAGGAAAGAAAAGAAUAAUGAUGAACAAAUAAAUUUUUGGCUGAUUACAAGUCAAAUAGAAUGUAAAUAUCGGCUGCGAUAAGAUAAAUCGGCUCGAUAUAAAAGUCGGUUCGGAUGGAUUAAAUUUAUUAGUUUGCCGGAAAUAAGAAACAGUAGCACGUCAUUAAUUCUUGACGACUGGCGACAGAAUGAGAGUGUUGUACGUAUUGUUCGUUGCGAUCGUUGUAGCGGCGGCGGACGAAGACGCGAAUGAUUGUGCUAAUGAAAAUAAAAUCUCCAAAAACUGCGAACAAAAUGAAGAUUGUCUCCGUGUAAUAGGCAGUAAUGAAGCGCAGCAUAUUCCUUAUCUCCAGGACUGUCAUAAAUUUUACAAAUGCGCGGAAGGAAAAGCAUGUCUAAUGUGCUGUCCAAAAAUGAAUUCCACCGGGUCGGAACGAUUGGUUUUUAAUCCGGAACUCCAGGUCUGUGAUUGGCCGCAAAAUGUAAAAAAUCCAAAAGGAAAAUGCGAUGAUGUGAACCCAACUGAACCCCCGACGACAUCAACUGAACCCUCGACCACAUCAACUGAACCUUCGACGACAUCAACUGAACCCUCGACGACAUCAACUAAACCCACGGCGUCACCAACUAAACCCACGGCCUCACCAACUAAACCCACGGCCUCACCAACUAAACCCUCGCCGACACCAACGGAAAGUCCGAAAAGUGAAUGCCAAAGUGGAGGAAGCACAAGCAUAAAACACGAAAAUGACUGCACAAUGUAUUACAAAUGUAAAAAUGGAACAAGAGAAGGACCUUUUCGAUGCGGCAACGGUCUUGUUUUCAACCCAAUUAUAAGUAAUUGCGAUAUACCAAAAAAUUACCCUUCAUGUCGCCCCCGAAAUCCCGAAUAUUUCGAUAACUGA